CAUUGAUCAUCAUCUGCUAUUUGUGUGUGUUCUGUGUUGUUAAUCAAACAAGUAAACUCGAUUUUUGCUCCAUCUUAUUUAGUUAUUUAUUUAUUUGCCUCUCUUUUGGGUUCAUUAAAAUUCUGAUAAUUUGCAUUAUUACAGAUUUUGCUUCUUCGUUUACUCAUGAUGUUACCUUUUGUUCCCUGUGUUCAGUUAUUUUUUACCUCUUCAUAGCCUUUUUCUGUCUGGUGAUUGUGUCUAUUUGAUAGUCAACAGGAGUUACGACCACAUAACCAACAUCAUUACCACCGUUAACAGUUCGUUUUUGGCUUUACAGUUAUUAUCUGUUUAUCUGGUUAUUAUUAUCCCUUUUUAUAAUCAUCUCAUCAACUUGACAAUUUUUGGCUAUCAUUCUAAUGGCCAUUUUACUUUUCGCUCGAUGGAGCCAAUUUCCUUCUAAUAACAACCUUCGAUUAUAAAUGAUUAGUUUUAUUCAAUUUACUCUGUUCAUAUCCAUUCCUGUUACCCAAUUCGACUCUUCUUUACUUAACUUGUGAUCUCUCUUUCUCUUCUCUUCUUUUCUCACUUGUUUAUUUUAAUUAACGAUCAAUAACUUCAAUUAAUCAGCCAUAUUGUUUACACUUCGCGCGUUACAUUUUAUCUCACCAUAUUUACAUUAGCCAACAAAUCAUCAAAAAUUGCGAUACAUUUUGCUAUUAAAGCUGUUAUUUUCAACCGUUUUUACCAUUAAUAAUGAACCGGCAAACCACAAACUGAUCACCUAAUUCAAGCUCGUUUUUGUUCUUUUAUUGAAUACUUACUUUUUUGUAACCAUUUGAUGGUUUCUUUUGUUAAAUGAACAUUAACAUACAUCUAUUUUUAUCAAAUGUUCAACACUUGGAUUCUUUUCUUUUGUAAUUAAUCAGUGAAAUUCCAAACCGUAAUGAAACUAGUUAUGUUGAACAUGCUAAAUCAUCUAACUUUGUUUAUUGCUGACUCGAGUUUUAGCUACCAUUAUGUUGCUGCUUCAAUCCAAUUAAUGUUAUCUUGUUGACCAAAAAGACCCUUUCUAUAUUCAGCGUAUCAUUAAUAAGAAAAAAAGUCAAUGAUGUUUUUUGCUCAAUCAAUGACUAAAACUUGUGAUUUUUCCAACAAAAUAUCAUUUUUGCACGAUUCAACAUGCUUUUGCUUCUACUCAACUUGAUUUUGGCCAUAAGCGAGCUUAAUCGAUUCAUUUCCUUGUCAUUCCAUUUUGCUGGGUAUGCGUUGUUAUCAUCUCAAUGUUUCAAUUGAUUACACUUAUCACCAUCAAGACGAAUGCUGGAUAAAAGUUUUUUAGAUAAGCAUGACACUGAUCCAGAUGAGGAAGAUAAUGAUGCAUCAUCACCCAAUCCACUGCAAUCAACUAGAAUACGAAUACAACCCAUUGAUCCACCAUCUUCAUCAUCACUUCCCUCACACCCGUCACCUGGAUACUGUGACAGUGACUAUCUGGCUGAAUCGAGAUCACCAAUUGACCAUGAUGACAGUGAUAGGAGGUCGGCUCCAAACAAUGAAGAUGAUCCACAAUCUACAACAUCAUACCUUUCUGAUCCUUGUCCAGUGUAUAGGAAGCAUUCACAUUCACCAAGUCAUCUUCAAUUUACUUCAUACCAUCAAUACCAUCAACAUCUUACUUCACAAUUUGAACAAGCUUCUCUGCCUUCUCCUCAUUCAGUUGACGAUUCAUACUCAUCCAUCGAUGAAUCUCACCUCAAUCAACGUAUCAAGAUAUUGGUUAAAAACAAUAAAAAGUCAAAGAUCAAAAAGAAGCUAAGCCACGGUUAUGGUGGAAUCAAAUCGAGGCCAAUUAAAUACCUGAAACAUCCACUAGAUCGUUCAAUAGCUUCCUUUUUCCUAUUAACCCUAUUUUUUACUCUACUGGCAUUAAUCACUGGCCUGCCGGUUGUCCUAACAUUGUCCUGUUUUCUGAUUCCAGCAAUGCUGAUUUUAAAGUGUCUAAAUUGCUGUUCUAAAGGAAAUCCGGCAACCAUGAUUGAAACAACUCCCAUUGAAUCAUACUGGUUGAUUCCACAGAGUAUAGCUUCACGAACAAAAUGCAGCUCAAAUGAUGAUGACAACCAGAACAAUAAUAAUCCAAACAGUUUAGGUUCAAAUAAUAAUCUUGGCCCGAGAACCAAGAUAAACUCUAUAAGCACUUGCCUUCUUUUUAUCGACCGUGAACUAAAUAUUGACCAGUUAAGAGAUGUUUUUAUGGCCCGAGUGGUCCAAAAGCCGGAAAUGGCUCGUUUCCGAUCUGUUUUAUGUUACAAAGGUUUAACUCGAACUCCAGUUUGGUCACGAUUGUCAUUUGAAGAGUUCAACAUUGAAAAGCAAAUAAUCAAUGAUUGCGUUUUAACCUCACGAAGUGAACUGAAAGACCAUCUAACUAAAGUAAUGUCAUGUUCACUGCCUCACUCACUUCCACCCUGGCAGAUACGUCGAUGCUGUGCUUCAUACCUUAACCAGGUUAUCCUGAUACUUCGUACUCACCAGUCUGUCAUUGAUGGCAUUGGCAUGGCCAAACUGUUGGUUCAAUAUUUGGCUGACCAGGCGCCACCCAAGACAACAACCUUUAUUCGUACCACUCAGGGAACAACGGCCACAACUGGACACUUUAAACCUCGCUUUGGUGGAAUAAAUUUUACCAUUAAUCUUGUUCGAGCUGCCAUUGUUGGACCUUUAACCUUUUCCUUGUGGAUCAUUUGGGCAUUUACCAAGCGUAAAGCCAAUUAUCUUAAAAAAAAGGAUUCAUCCAAAGUAAUAACUAAAAGUUCAUGUUCACAUUCAAAGUAUCUUGAUCAAGCAAUAAUGAUUAACACUAAUAAUAACAAUAACAAUAAUAUUGCUGAUAACACCAUUAAUAAUGUUAAUAGUGAUAAUAACAAUAAUCCCAGUAAUACCGUAAGUAAUAAUGUAACAUCAUCAUUUGGACCAACAGCUUACAACAUUGGUUCAAAUGUUGAUUCUCAUAAUUCACAUUCACACAAAUCUGUUCAUUGGACAACCAUUGAGAUGGCCAAGAUUCAAAGGGUUAAACAAGUUACAAGAAGUUGCCUCAAUGAUGUUAUCCUAGCUGCAGUCACAGGUUCUGUUCGAAGAUAUAUGGUUGCCAGGAAUAUCACCAAUCCACCGGACAUUGGAAUCUCUCUUCCGGUUGACAUAAGAGGAAUCAAUGAUGCUGAAAGUGACAUUGUCAGAGUUAAUUAUGUUGUACUUACAUUGCCACUUCCAACCAGCAUUGAAGGAGCCAUUCCUAGAUUAUGGGAAAUACGGCACAACAUGGAGGAAUUGAAGACUUCUGCUGAUCCAGCCGUCAUGUAUGGUGCUCAUUAUUACCUCAACUCGCUGCUUCCUGGUCGAUUGUACCGUUUCAUACUAAACUUGAUUCAUCGCAAUUCAUCCAUUUGCUUGUCCAACCUUCAAGGGCCUGGAACCGAAGUGUCCAUAGGUUCACAUCGGUUACGGAAAAUUUUAUUCUGGAUGUCGCCGCCACCUUCAGUUUCAAUAACCUUCAAUACAAUAUCGUACGGAGACAAGCUGUUUGUCUCGGUGUCAAGUUCAUCCAAGCUGCUUCCCUGCGCCAGAGCUCUAGCUAAGGCUUUUAAAGGUCAAAUUAGACAGUUGAGUGAACUUCUCUCGAAAAGACGAGUUCCCGGUGAAGGUCGACCCAAGAAACGAAGUCCAAAUUAUGUUAUUGAAACACCUUUUACCGGAACUGGCCCUUACCUAACCAGCGAUUUAACGGCAAAAUUGAACGCAAUCCAAUACGAACGGUAUCAAAUGAAUGAGCUUUUAGAAACAAAUCCAAUGAAUCGUGAAGACAUUGAGUAUCGGUUGGAAGAGUUGAAGGAUGAAUUUGCUGAUUUAAUGAAACAAUUGCGAAGACGUAAAUCAAUAGCUGAAUACGCAAUGCACAAUAUCGUCAUAAAUGUAGAGGACAACUUGGGUGAGGAUGGAGAUGAUGAUGAUGAUUUGGAUGGCGAAUUGCGACCGCCAAUUAGAAGAUUCUCGUUCAAUGUUGCUUCUCGUCGAUCAUCGGUAGCCUCAGCUAUAUCAAUGCCAUCUUCAAGGUUCCAAGUAUCUCCGCCUCAUAUUUCAAGGCGUUACAUUUCUUCAUCACCGGAACCUUCAAGUCCAUCGGAAUCUUAUAUAAAAGAAGAAACUGUUUGAAAAGGAAAAACAAAACAUGGAAAAGUCUGCAAAUCUUUACUGAAGUCUAUUAGCUGUUAUUGACUCUAGUCAAAGACUGCAUUUGUAUCAUUGAACCUUCACUGCACAUAUUUACAACUUUUACAUUUCCCUCAUCAACUAUUAAACAUAUCGUCAUUACUAAAUUGUGUAACUUUCCUCUCAAACAUCAAACUAUUAUUAAAUAUAAAUCUGUGAUAAAAGAAAA